UGUUGGCGGUUGGUGGUAGGAGACCUGAUUCAGUGAUAUGCCAUCAUCAGAUUAUGCGAGACCAAAAGAAACAGAUAUGGGAUUCCAAGAUAGAUAUUUUGAAAGAUGGUAGUAAUUCGAUUAUCAAAAUAUAUCGAUAUAACUAAUCGAGUAGUUUAAAGUGUUUAUGAGCGGCAUCGAUAGCCAGUGGCGUUUUUAGAAAAGUUUAGUGUAGUAUAGUGCGCUUUUAGAUACUGUUGUUGACAUUGGGAAGCCGAGUUUAUUUUUUCGCCCCAAUUCGAAAAGUUUGACUCACACUGUGUCAACACUUUAGAAGUCGGAAAAAGUGCGGCUGUUCACUCUUCUCUCAACCGUGUCAUUUCAUCCGAUUUCCCUCUGCCGAACCGCCUGAGGGCGAAAGAGCCGAAGGUUACUCAAAUCUGGGCCAAGAGUGCGAACUUCGCGUGGGGCUCGGCCCGAAUAAACAACGCAACCGGAGGACGAAGGAUGACGAGGUACAGGAACGUCCUUUGAAAAAGAACAAAAUGCGCGUAACAAGACUCCGCACGGCCGACGAGGAAGUCGGAGCGACGAGCGGAGGAAAGUGGUCGACCGAGGAAAAGCACACGUCCGAGACCACCUUCAGGAGUAAAUCGUCGCGGAACCCCUCGGCCGAAAAGCUCGGCAGUCUGAUCACGUACCCGGAUUAUGUGAGGCUGAGGAAAAAUGGUUCAAUAAAACAUGAUAGAGACCUAAACAACUCAUUCUACAGCAACACAUCUCUGAAUUCAAGACUGGAGGUGCACAAUAGUCACCACAAUGACCAUUCAGAAGGCGUUACGAAGAAGAAUGGAAGCCCACCCGGGACUGUAUUUAACUACUACAAGCAGUUCAAUGACUAUUGGAAUGUUUUUCCAAAAACCGAUUUCACAUAUUCUCCCACAUCAAUGUAUUACGGAAAAGAAAUUGCACCUGGCAUACCUAUCAUCCCAAAUCUGUCCAGGAGAGCGCUUUACAAAACCAGCUCCAAUGGCGACAGCUACAACUACAGCUUUAGUGUUGCACCAAGCCAAAUAAGACACCUUAAGAAUUUAAGGCAUGUUAGGCAAUCAACCUGGGAGAAAGUGGUUACAGUCAUCACAACUGUGGUGACCACUACAAUCACCAUUGUGACGAGUAUAGUUUCUGUAGCGUCUGAACCACUUGUUCAUCCUACAAGAUCACCUCGAAGAACUUUCUUCUUCUUACUCGCAUUACUGCUUCUUCCUUUACUGUAUUAUUUGUAUUUUUGUGAUUUAGAGCAAAAUGAAAAUGAAUCUUUAGUAAAUAGACUGAAUCGACUGAACUUCAUUGAUAGGAGUGUUUUUAGUCAGGCCUUGGAAAUUUUAAAGAGGCCACUGCUAUGGCUUUAUUGGUUAUUUGGAGAGUUACUUUCUUUAAUAAUAAACACCAUCUCAAUGGUACCUGCAUUUAUAAGUCAAAGUUACUAUGCAACAUCAGCCUAUUUUAUUGCUAUUUUCAAUAACCAUUCUCACACCGCACCAGUCACAUCUCAGCCUGUGGGAAAAGCCCCUUCAGGAUUAACCCAGAGUGUUAAAAUCGAUGCACAAGAAAUAAGAAAAAUAGUUGAAGAAGUACUAGCUGAAAAACAAGGAAGCAGGGUUGCAGAAAUAGGUGUAAAUGACAUGAAGGCAAUCGUAAAGGAAAUUGUUCUAGAACAUGAAGAAAAGACGAAACAAGAAAACCUAGAUACUGUUGUUGCUAAGGCGAAACAAAUAAUAACGCCUUUAUUUUCAAAGCAGGAGAACUCUAUGGAGACUUUUAUGAAAGGAAUAAACGAGCAAGUAGGUAAUAUAGAAAAGUCGCUCGAAGAACAAAAGGAGGACAUAAAUACGUUCAAACCACAAAUUCAAGAUUUGGAAGAGAAACUGACAACACAAAUGCAGCUGUCGACCCAAACAUCAGGCCUUAAAAGUAUCGAUUGGACGAACGGUUCAACAGCAUUGUCAGGGGCAGCAGUAAGGCAAGAGUUGGUUGAAUUAGUUGAAAGUGCCCUUUAUAAAUAUCAUGCUGAUCGCACUGGAAAAACAGAUUACGCCUUGAUGUCAAACGGUGGAGUGAUUGUUAGCAUAAGAUGCACGCAGACGUACAGGAAAACACAAGGAGUAAUGACAUUGUUUGGUUUCAGUUUUUGGGAAGUUUACAACACACCAGAAACUAUAAUUAAACCCGGGAUGAUGCCAGGAGAAUGUUGGGCCUUCGAAGGCUCAGCAGGAUAUGUAGUUAUAAAAUUGGCAAUUCCAAUUUAUGUGACAGCAGUGACAAUAGAGCACACUCCUAAAGAGCUAACACACCAUGGUCACAUCAAGUCUGCCCCAAAGCAAUUUUCUGUUUGGACGUUGAAAGAUGUAACGGACGAAAAUCCAGAAUUCAUCGGAAGAUUCAAAUUUCUAGAUACAAAAGGAAGUCUUCAGACAUUUGACACAAAGCCGACGUCAGUGCCGAGUGAUUUAGUUGAGCUGAGAAUUGAAAGUAACCAUGGCCAUUUGGAAUAUACCUGCCUUUACAGGUUUAGAGUUCAUGGUAUACCAGCCAGUUAAACCAAGAAACGUGCAUUUCUUAAAAUAAAAAGAACAGCGAAUAAAUCUUAAAAUUCAGAUCUCAACUCAAUUUUUUUUUUUGCUACUAAGAUUGUAUUUUGUAGUGCAAUAUGAAUUAAGUUUUAUUGUUUAUUUAGAUAAAAAGUUUGUACAGUUUGUUUAUUUUGUCUGCUUGAAAAUGUGGAUAAGUAGAACACUCAAUUAUUUUUAGUUAACUUUUGCAAAUAUUAAGUUUACAAUUACCUCUUCCUUAUUAUAAAACAACUAGUCAAUUUAAUUAUACCAAAUGGAUGGCAGAAUAAAUUAAUAUUAUUAUUUUCAGAAAACUAUAACAAUAGAUAUAAGUUGUUAGAUUUAUUUUGUUUUACUAAAAAUUAAAUAAAAGUAAAUCUGAAGGUUCUUAAAGUUUAAUUUAUAUGUAGUUGUCCUCCUGAACACAUUUAUCAGGGUUUUUUAAUUUUAAAUCUACUAUUUAAAACUUUCUGUACCAAAUAAAGUCUUCAAUCAAUUUAAAUUUGAAAUUCCAUAUUAAUAAAAUCCUCGUGCCUUAAAAUAGUAGAAUAGCAUAAAUUAUAAUUUAUAGUACCUGUGUUUAACCAAUAACUCGGUGCUAUAGGAUUAGGGAAUAAAUGUGGAAUCUUUCACCGGUGCACGUGUUUCUCUCUUUUUUUCAUAAACAAGUUAAUUAAUUACAAGAUUUUAACAAUAGUUUACUUCAGUCAGAUAAUUAUUUGCAUAACUUUCAAAAAUUUCACUUGCCUUAACAUAAAAUGUUGGACAACAUUUUUCCAAUAAUUGGUCUCGGUUUUCAUAUUUAUAUAAUCUAAUAUGCUAAAUGAGAUCGUCUAGUCAUUUCAAUAAGCUGAAGUGUUUUAUUUUAACUGUUUUUUUCCUUCGAAAAGGAACUUGGCCUUGAUGGUUAGCAUCGUACAAGAUAUAAAUGGCUAAUCCCACCAAAAGAUAAUGAAAUUAUUAUUAUUGUUUUGCUUGUUACAUUUUUUCUAUUUGACUUUUGAUUAGUUUAAUGUAAUUAUUCAAUAUAUCAUAACAUUCUCAGUUAAUACAAUGAUGAAAUUUAAUUUGAUUGCAUAAAUUUAAUUGUAUUAGUGCAGUAAAUGCAAAUAUGUUCAUGCCACUUAAUUAUCAAUUAGAUCAUAGACACAUAUUGACUUUAACUCACUUUAAUAAUAUAGAAAUUGUUAGAUGUGCUUUUAUAAUUUUUUUCAAAUUGUUUUUUAUUUUUCAUUUACUUAUUUCCUCACCUUAAAACCAUUAACACUUCAUUCAUUAUAAGAGUUACUACUUUAGUACAAACAAUACUAUAAUUAUAAAUAAUGGUUAAUAAUAAUAAUGUGUAAAUACAUGUGUAUUUUAUGGUGUACAUACAUAGAAAUAAAUUAAAAUUGGCCUAUAGAAUUAUAUUGUACAUAACUUUUAAGAUUUUUUCUAGAUUUUAAAUUUUGUCCAAUUACCUUAGUUGAUACAUUGAUUCGCCAUUACUUUCUACAUUAUAUAGUAUUCAUUUGUAACAAAUUAAAUAUCUUCCUAUAAUUAUAGUUUUAUGAGAUGUAAUAAAUGAUUGAUAUAAACGUU